CUCUGUAAUUUCAAAGUGAUAAAAAAUGGUGAAACACUAUGUCAUAUUCAUAUGAAAUAAACAAAAUUUUUAGAUGGACGACUCGUUUUUUGGCUUUGAUACAUCAGUACCAGUUGAAGAUGAUGGAAGUGGUGGUAUUGGUGACUGCGAUCUUUCCGAACCCCCGGAAGAUGUGUUUGAUGCACUCAACGAUGAGACAUUUGGGUCGGCCAUCAAUGGCGAUUGGGAAAAAUCCCAUGAGCACAUGGUUAAACUUGAUAAACUUAAGAAUGGACCUAAAAAAUCCGUAGAUUCUCUAUUAAUUAAUGAAGAUGAAGAAGACGAAAAUGAAAAUGUGGAGCAUAACGAAGAAGAAGAAAAUUAUGAUUUAGAAAUUAGCCUUUCACAAGUAAAAUUGGACGAUGUAGAUAUUUCUUCAGAUGAUACUGAGACUCGACUCCAGUUAGAUCCGAGUGUAUGGGCAAAUCCUGUAAAACCAAUAACUCAGCCAAUUUCGCGGCCAGCGGAGUCAGGGUACACAAAUCCUGAAGCAUUUUUACGUCGUCAUUUUUCAAACCCUUUUGAAAUUUUGCUUUCCCAACCACAACAAAUUCAACAACGUCAACCGUUUUUUACUAAUCAAACUUCUAAUGCAGUGCAUAUACAAAAUCAGUCUUUAUUUCCGCAAAAUUCAAAUAGAAGAGAGCCACAAACAACACAGCAACAAAAAUCAAAACAGCCUCUGACAGAACAACAAUCUCUUAUUUCUCUACAAAACAUGUUUUUUGCACCCCCAACAAAACCAAUUAAUAUAAUGUCUGUUGAAGAUAUAGAAAGAAACAUUAGAAGUCAACAAGAACAACAGAAGCAACAGCAACAACAAAAGCAAAUAUCAACAACGCAGCAGCAGCAAGAGCAACAAAGACAAUUACAACAAUUGCAACAAAAACAAUCUGUCCAAGCUAAAACUUUGAAAACAGUUAAUAAAGUAGAUUCUAAGAAUGAAAGUUUGAAUCAAGUUACGGGCUCAGCUUUUAAAGAACCAACAAUUUCUCAAAUAUCUUUAUCACAACAAUCGCAACAAAAUCAAGCACAUUCUCAAUCACAAAAUAAUCAAGCAAAUAUUAAUUUUUUAAAUCGUCCACAUUCUGCUGUUCCUCUUGGGUUUAACGCUCCUCGACCCAAUUUUAAUUAUUCAUUACAACAUCCACUGAAUUUAAUAACACCGACAAAUUCAGGUUCAAUGAACAAUUUGCAGAAUCAAUUAAUUGGACACAAAAAUCAGCAAGGAUUUCAGCCACCAAAUUUUCCACUAUUACAUCAUGGAAUGCCUGGUUCUAUUCCUCCUUUUCCACAUGGAAAUUUUGCAAGACCGAUGCCUAACCUUCCAGUUGCUUUAAAUAACUUUGCUAUGCAUCCGAAUUUUAGUGCAAUGAGGCCCCUGGGACCACCUGUCGGCAUGCCUCCUCCAAGAAUGCCACCACAUCCUGCGUUGAUGAACAACUUAAUUCUACCGCCUCCUGGAAUUAUGUACCCAAGCCCUCAAGCACUUUCCAUGCAGUUUUCGUCAAAUACUAACCAGCUCAAUCAACGUUUGAUGCAAGAAAUUCAACAAAAUCAUCCAAUGUUGGCUAAUCGGAACGUUCUAUUGAAUCAUAGUAACCAAAGUCAUAAUAUUAAUCAUGGUAGACAACAUCAAGAUAAGUCAAAAGUGGUUGCAAGAGCCAAUGGAAAUUUGCCUGUGGAAUAUGAUGAAUAUGCAAAUUUAAUGAGUAUAAGAGAUAAACAUUGGCUUAUUGGCAUUCAGUUGUCUCAGUUAAAUACAGAAACUCCUUAUAUUGAUGACUAUUAUUAUACAAUAUACAAAGAGAAAAAGGCAAAACAGAGUGGGGAAAUCGGUCAAAGCAAAACGCAUAAAGAUAAUCAGCUUAAUCAUCCAUUUUCCCAACCGAAAGGCCAUGCUCAAUUGGUUAUAUUAUCAAUGGGCAAAAAUGGUACGCAAAAUCAUCGAAAUGGACAAAAUAAUAGAGAGCGCCGAAAUUCUGAAUCCGCAAAUAAUAAAGAUAAAGAUAACCAACAACAACAGAGAAAUUUUAAUUACACUCCUCUACAAUUUGAAAAUUCCUUGGGAAAAUUGCAAUAUGGCAGUGUUACAGCGCCUCGUAAAAUUAUUGACAUGGAGAUUAUGGGUAAUGAAAAUAGCACACAAACAAAUACUCCACUUGAAAUUUCUGCGCAACGUAAGUCACGUUACAUAUUGUUGCAAAUUGAAAUUCUUUAUAAAAUUGUACUCAAAUUGGAAGAUUUAGAAAAUCCUGCUGCGAUUGCGACGUCAUUAAUAGUAAAAGAGAAAAAAGAAAAAGAGAAGCAGAUAGUCCUUGAACAAAGCUUUAUGAGUGAAUUAAAUAAAGAAAGUGAAAUUGGUGAUGGCGAAAAUGUUGACUUAAAAACUGAGUCAACUUCAACAUCCGUUAGCUCAUCAGUAAGCGAUAAAUACUCGGCAUAUGAAUUAGAAUCUAAAGAUAAAUUGCUUGAAAAAUUGAUACCGUACCUAACCAUUGAAAAAAUAACCUCGAUGAUGUCUGUUCGCAAAGGAAAGAUAUUAAUUAAGCGUAUAUUACCACACAUCAUUGAUAAUCCAAUACGUUGGACGGUUUGGAUCGGAGUUUUUUCAUGUCUUCAAAAUGUGCUAAAAAAGGAUAAAGAUGAUAAUGAAGGCGCUUUAUACAGUUUAUAUCCUGAAUUUAAAAAACAAAUUCGACAGGCAGAUAUGGAAAUUUGUAAUAAAAUUGCAAAUUCAAUGCGAUUAAAUGAUAAAAAAUUAAAUGGUUUCUUUUCAAGCAAGUUUUGUAUUUCUUCUUUGGUAUCAUUACUACUACGAGCAGAGGAAAUUUAUGCUGAAUCAGAAGAUCUAAGUAAAAGUGAAAAUAACUCAAAUAAAAUCUGGUCGGAAUUUUUAUCAAUUUUAUCAACUGCAUUGAAUCGAACAGUAGAAAAUCAAACUAUAACAGCGGAAAUUGAAUCGUCAGCAAUUAAUCCUUUGGUAACACAUUUAUCACGUUUCAAACACUUAAAACUAGAUUCGCUAUUAACUCUUUUUUCACAAGAUAAACAACAAGUGGAAUAAUGUUUACGUUCUUUUUUUUUUUUAAUAAUACUUCAAAAGAAAUCAGCAAAUUUUUCGUUAAAAAAAGAAAAAAAAAACUUUUUGAUAACUUGCAAAGCUAACUAAAGAAAAAAAAAAACAAAAGUAAAAAAUUAAAUCAAAAAAUUUAAGGAAACAAUAGUCUGUGUUUAGGUCUUAAGAAAUGUUUAAUUUUAUUUCGUUGUUCAAAUAGUAAUUUGAAUUUAUUUGCAAAUUAUUCAAAAGUUUUUAUAUUAUUGAAUGUCGAAUGAAGAAAAAAAAAGAAAAAAAUGAAUAUUUAAGUUUUAAUAUUAAAAGUAAUUUAAAAAAUAAAAAAUAUAAUUCACCUUUUUUUUCAAUAAAUAAAUUUUUGUUAAAAUCUUAUACAUAUAUAUUUAAAAUGAGCUCUUUUAAAAAUUUUCUUAUUUAUACGAUAUAUUAAAAUAUUUUUAGUUAAAUUAUUUUGUAAGUGUAUAUCUCUGUAUGUAUAUAUGCAUAAAUCAUAUUAUAUUUAAUACCAUAUUAAUUAACAUGCAUAAAGUUUGGACAUUUUUUCUUUACUUGGAAAUUAAUCUUUAAUAUGUGUUUUAAAUAUUAUUUUUAUUUCAUCUAUGUAAAUAUAUAUAUAUACAUAUAUGUACGUAGUAUGUGUGUAAUAUAUUAAUUUUAAAAGUUUAAUAUUUGUAUUAUCCCUAUGACAUAUUAUGUACAAACAUAUUACUUCAAAAAUAUUAAAUAUGUAUGCAAUUUUAAAAAAAUACAAAAAUUUCAAAAUUCAAAGCUUAUUAUUCGAAGGUUCCCCUCUGUUAAAUAUAUUUACGUAGGUACAUAUAUUUAUAUAGAGUUGUUAUAGCGGUAACAUAAUAAGUAAAAAAUUUUAAUUUUUCUAGAAAUAGCAGAUGAACAUUAAUAUAAAGAAAGCUAACAGAAAAUCAUGUUAUUUAUAAAAUAAUUUUAAAAUUUUUAAUAAAUUUUUUAGAAUCAACAUUGAAUUUUGACUUAAUUAUGCAAUAUUUUUUUAAUUUAUCCACAAUACACUAAAUUCUCAUAUAUUGUUAUACAAAACAAAAAAAUUAAAAAAAUAUACCUAUUAUUUAAUUUAGAUUGUUUUUUUGUAAGAAAAUUUUAUAAUUUAGGUUACUUUUAUAAUAAUUAUGAAUGUUAUUAUAGUUAAUUUAAGUUGACGCAGGUUUCACAUUUAUUUUAUUGUUGGUUUUGGAAAUAUUUAAUAUGACCAUGCAUAUAUAUAUACAAAAUUUAACAAUGUAAACAAAUACAAAAAAGAUAAAAAACGAAAAGAAAAAAAAAAAUAUGAAUUACAGAAAAUUUUUAUGUCGCUGUGGAUUGUUUUUUGAAAAAAUUCGCAAUUCUAUUAUUUUAACAAUUUUGCUUUUUAUUAACGACAUUUUCAAGAAAAAAAAAAAUACAUUAUGAAUGAAAUAUAAUUGUUUUAUUAAUCAUUGAGUAAUAGUAAUAAAGGAAAGUUUAUGAAUUGCUUUUUUUUCUAAAAUAGAGAUUUGAAUUGAAAACUUUAAGUUAAAAAAUACUUGAUUAUAUUAAAACAUCAAUGAUACAAAAAAGAAAAAAGAGAAUAUAAAUAAAUAUCAAAACAAAAUUUUGAAAAAAAUCACAUCAAUUUAUUUUAAAUAUAAAAAUUUCAAUAUUCAAUUUUAAAAUUAGCAACUCAAAGUUUAAAAAUGUUAAUUUUAGUAAUGUUAUACGCUAUGAAUAUUUCUUUCUGAAGUAGCUUUAUUUUUAUAAUUUAAAAUUUGUUAUAAAUAAAAUUUAAAAUAUAAUCACGUUCUUAUGAACUUUCCAAGUAAUAUU